UUGCAAUCAGCUGAUCUCUAGUGCUCCUCCUCGUGUGUGCUACCGCGUUUUCUGUGUUCUACCGAUGAUACCGAGUUUUCCGGAUAAUGGCUGAAAAUGUACAAGGAACGUUUGUUUCGGAGAAAAUUUCUAAAAUAAGAUGGCAAUACGACGACUUCGCGGAAGCGAAAAAUUUCUUAACCGGCAGUUGGGACAACCCGGUGAAUAAAAUAACGUAUUGGACGUUCAAAACCAAUUACGAUGAAGAACUGUCUCCGGAUAUUUUAUCGUCGCAUUCGUUCCUUGGCGAUGUCACCGAGCUGAAGUUCGUCAGCAGAGAUUUCUUCGUGGCUUCCUCAUCUCUAGGCUCGGUGAGAUUGCUGCAGGUUGACGAGGACACCUGUUCUGAAUUCAAGGAACACAUGGCGUGGGAGUUUAUACAUAGUUUCAAAACAACAGACUACGCUUCUUGCACAGCCUUGUCUACUUUCGAACAAGACAUAGCUUCUGUGGGAGAGGAUGGGAGGCUCAAUCUUCUCACAGCCGCGGAGAAGAAACCAGUCCGAGUUAUUGAAAAUGCCGAUAGCUGUUCCAUAUAUUGCGUCGAUUUCUUGAAACACAACGAGGUGCUCACGGGCAAUUCCAGAGGACACAUGAAAAUUUGGGAUUUGAGAAACAAUCGGGACGUACCCGAUAGCACCUUCAUGCUUUCCGAUCAGGUUAAAACCGCGGCUACGAGCAUUACGCAUCAUCCCACACAGAGACACAUUGUGGUCGCUGGCGGAGGUGACGGCAGUUUAACCGCGUGGGAUUUGAGGGAAAACACUUACCCGAUAGUGCAACUCAAUGCUCACGCCAAAGCCGUCAGCGAGAUAUUCUUUCAUCAGGACAGACCGGACAACAUCUUCACCUGUUCCGUCAGCGGCGAACUGUGGCAUUGGAACAACGCGCCGAGCUCAAAACUAAAACUUAAUUCCGUAUCGGAUGCGCAUUGGCUGAAGCAAACCGUCAGCACCAACGCGAAAGUCACCGCUACUUCGUUGUGUCCUGUUAUGCACAAACCGAUAAACAGCAUCGAUAUCAACAGAUCGCUGCUUCUCUUCGGGUGCGACAACGAAGCCAUGUACAUAGUAAAAAAUGUACCUAUUUAACGACGCAACACGUACAUUUUAUAAUUUUUUUAUACGGUUUUGUUUAUUGUUUAAUAUACGUUGUGAUAAAAAAA